UAACAUUAUAACAAUGUCAUACCCUAUCACAAAAAUUAGUAGAAUUCAGGAAAUAUUAAUGAAGCAAAAUCGAUCACAACUGUCAUACACUGAUAUAUAGGUAAAUGAUACUCCAAGUUAAACAGAUAUUUCAGAGAUCAGAGGUGAAUGAUAGUACAAACAAUACCAAAAUGUGGGGGAAAAAGGAAAAUCGAGGAAGAAGAGGGAAAGGGAAAAAAAGAAAACAAAAAAAAUAAACAGAAAGAUUUCAGUGGUCACGAGCUGUGUACGUGAUUUUUUUUGGCCCGAAAAAAAUAGGUCAACGUCGGAGUUUGGUCAAAGGACCUUUCUCACAACUCAAUCUCCAUAAAAGGACAUUCGUUACCACUUUUGUCAUAAAAGAACCUUCCUCACAAGGUCGACCACUUAAAAGGACCUUCAUCGCAAAUUUUCCUUAAUGAUAUACGACGCACAAGCCAACGUCUGGUUUGGUAAAAAAAGCGUAGUACUUGGCACAAAAGAUGGACCAGCAAAAGCUCGAGAUCAAAGGCAAGGUUUGCGUAACAGGGGCCUCAGGGUAUCUAGCCUCUUGGCUGGUCAAGCGCCUCCUUUUGUCUGGCUAUUUUGUGAUUGGAACAGUCAGGGACCCAGGUGAUAAGAAAAAAGUGGAGCAUUUGUGGAGGCUUGAUGGGGCAAAAGAGAGGCUGAAAUUAGUAAAGGCCGAUUUAAUGGAAGACGGAAGCUUUGAUGAAGCAGUUAGGGGUUGUGAAGGUGUAUUUCACACCGCUUCCCCUGUUUCAGGAUCCAGGGAGCAAGACGCAAAGGCAGUAAUAUUGGAACCUGCAAUAAAGGGAACAUUGAAUGUGCUUCGGUCAUGCAAGAAGAACCCAUCACUAAGACGCGUGGUUCUUACCUCAUCUUCUUCAACUGUUAGAAUAAGAGUGGAUAUUGACCCUGAUGUUCCACUUGAUGAAUCAGUUUGGAGCUCCACUGAAGUUUGUGAACAAUUCCAGGUAUGGUAUGCACUGUCAAAAAUCGAGGCAGAGAAAGCAGCAUGGAGCUUCUGCAAGGAGAACAACAUCGAUUUAGUGACAAUCCUUCCUGCUUUUAUAAUUGGACCAAGUCUUCCUCCUAAUCUUUGCUCUACUGCAUCUGAUGUUCUUGGCUUGUUUAAAGGAGAAAUAAGCAAGUUCGAGUUUCAUGGAAGGAUGGGAUAUGUUCACAUUGACGACAUAGCUCUGUGCCACAUCUUGGUUUUUGAGCAUAAAGAAGCGCAUGGUCGAUACCUUUGUAGCUCCACCGUUAUGGAGCAUUAUGAGUUAGCGUCAUUUCUAGCAUCUCGAUAUCCGUCUCAUCCUAUUCCCAAAGGGUUCACGAAGUUGGAUAGGCCAUAUUACACCUACAACACUUCCAAGAUUGAGAGUUUAGGGUUCAAGUUCAAGCCGCUGGAAGAGAUGUUUGAUGGCACUGUAACAUCACUUAUAAUGCAGGGCCAUCUUUAGUAAGGCAGUAUCCGCGAAUAUGUGUGCUUGAGGUCAUGGUAGGUUUUUUGAUCAAAUUCCGAAAAAAUUUCACUAUAUGCUACCUUCGUUUCAAAAAAAAAUUGUAACACUUUGCCGAAAAAGCACUUUGUCCUCGUAUUUUUACUGAGAGUAUUAAUUUUUUUUGAAACGGAGGAAGUAUAAGAAUUUUAGAAUACAUGCAGCACAACCAUAUAUGGACUAUUUCUUCAACAAAUAAGUUUGGCUCCUUAUCACAGUAGCUACGGAGUUGUAAUGUAUUUUUCCAUUGAAUUCGUCGUCGUAAUCCUGUAGUAAAAGUUUCAUUCUUUCAUAUAAUGAAACAAUAAUGAGCUGAGGUUGUCCAGUGUAUUUCCUA